GACACAGCAGAGAAAGCCAUCGUCAAAGUGGAGAAGGACGAAGACAAUGGAAAGAAAGACGGAGAGAAUGGAGAGCAUUCAAGGUCGGAAAUCAAGCAGAAAAAUUUAUCGAAGGAAAAAACAAGAAAGAGAACAAUGGAUGAAAGCCUUAAUAACUUCGUACAUGCCCUCGUUGACAUGGAGGAGAGGCAGACUAAAUACCAAUUUGAUAAGGAAGAGAAGAGAAGGAGGCUGGAGGACGAAGCCGAACAAAGACGAAUGGAAAGUGAGCGGCAGUUCCAACUACAACUCUAUCAAAUGCAGGCACAGAUGGAGAUGCAGAUGGUCUCAAUAUUUAUGGGCACUCCAGCUCCCGGACCGCACAAGCUCGUCAGCAGGAGACAACGAAUCAAAUAUCCCUAUACAGGAAGCUCUCUAUCACGCUGACUAUUUCGAUCUAUGA